AUGCGGGCGGGAGGGGCGAGGAGGAGGAGAAGAGCGUGUCCUCUCCCUCCUGCUCUUCUUCUUCCUCUAGCUCUGCUUCUGGUCGCGCUGCCCUCGUCAUCAGCAUUGUUCGGAUCAAAAGCGCCGAAAAGAACGAGAGUCAAGUCAAGGACAAGAGUUACCGAAGACUAUGGCGCAUGGGAGGACGAGAACGGUGAAACCUACGUUAUCCGAGCUCGAAGAAACGCUCAGGGAGUCUACUCCUUCCCCAACGGCACCGUGGUCCCCAAGGAUCCCACCGCAAUGGACAGGAUAGUCUACGUGACGACGGAAAAGGGGGAGGGGCUACACUGCCUGGUUCCCAAGAGGAAGAAGCCCGCGCGACCCACGUGGCUGGACAUUCCUCAGAUGCCUGUGGUGCAUGUGAUCAAGAAGGAGAAAGCUGAAGAGGUCCUCAGAUCGCUGGAAGGGAAGUGCUUCUACCGCGUAGAGUCCUACUGGACGUACGAAUUCUGCUACAAGUCGCAUGUGAAGCAGAUGCGAAUCAACCCGCACAGCAAGAAGGUGGAGCAGGAGAGGAUUGUCGGGCUCUACAACUCCUCCACGCCCUUCGAGGUGCACACAACCCCUGAGAGGUUGUUCGAUGUCGAGAGCGUCGAGAACGAUGGGCCAGCCUGGAUCACCUCACUCAUAACAGGCAUGUUGCUCCGCGCCGCUCCCUUCCGCUCCUCUUCAUGGCAUCCCUUCCCUCCUCUCAUUGCACUUUCCUGCUGCUGGCUCCCCAGCCAAUGCUCUUUCUUCUCUCCCUCCUAUCCCCUCCUGUUUCCUCUUGUCUCCCCUCCCCUGCUCUUCUCUGCUUACCUUCUCUCAGUGUACGACGGAGGCGAGCCUGCCCAGCAGCCCUACUUGAACUGGUACACAGCAGAGUGGAAGAGGAGGAGGCUGCUGGGAUUUCUGCCCUUCACACGAUCAGCCAUCAGCUUUCAGUGUCUGCGAGCUGACGAGGCGUAUCGCAAGUUCUUCGAGGACACUGAUGUUUAUCUGGGGGAGCAAGGGAGUCCGUUCGACUUGGUUGUCAACGAAGUCGAUGAGGGAGUCUACGAGCUAACGUUGAGCUCGGAGAAGCUGUGCAAUGAAGAUUUGCUGUACUUGGAGACAACGACGGAGCUCGCCGCGUCAGGCGACGUCAUGGAAGAAAUUGUUUGCCAGAGCGAAGUGACGGGGAAGGUCUACAAGCUGAAGGAUGUGCCUGUGGAUCAUGAGUACAUGAGGCAGAUGAAGAUGGCGUACAAUCCUUUUGCUGUAUGA